AUGGAGACUUCAUCAGAUGGGCUCGCUGAGAUGCUGUCACGCUUGCAGAGUGGGGGCGCGAAUCCAUUCACACUUCUCAUGCCAGAUGCAGGAGCCAUACCUGUGACGUCGCUACGUAGGCAGCGGAGCUCGUCACAAGAAUCGGCACAGGGCGAUGAGAGCACGAAAAAUGUCAGUGCAGAAGAGAAGCGGGAGGGAGAAGAGAAGCUUGCGCGCGUAUACGAGAGCUUUGACUUUGACGCGCUCUGGACCCGCCUAAGUGAGGCGCUGACGCGCUUGCGAAGGGAUCCAGGGUCUGCCCAGGUGCUUUUGCCCAUGAUUGAGAGUUUGAUGGUGGUGUCUCAGCAUGUCAUGGGCACAUAUGCACCAGAGGAUGCACCACUGGAGUCAGUGACGUCGGCCCCAGGCACGCGCCGCGCGCAGAUGGAAGCCGACUUUCUCGUGUUCACAGAGAAGCACCGCAAGAUCCUGAAUUUGAUGGUACGACAGAACCCUGCGCUUAUGUCAGGCUCGUUUUCGCUCCUCGUGCGGAAUCCCAAGGUGCUGGACUUUGAUAACAAGCGGAACUACUUUUCUCAGCAGCUGCACAAGGGCCGCCGCGAGCAUUAUACCCCAUUGUCCUUGACGGUUCGACGGCAGCACGUGUUCUAUGACAGUUUCCAGUACUUUAACCGAAAAUCGGGGCCAGAAAUCAAGCAUGGUAAGCUGAAUGUACGCUUCCAUCAUGAGGAAGGUGUAGACGCUGGUGGUGUGACGCGCGAGUGGUUUCAAGUGCUGUCGAGAGAAAUGUUCAAUCCGGACUAUGCGCUGUUUCAGCCAUGCGCAGCGGACCGGACGACGUACCAGCCGAAUCGGAUGAGCUCGGUAAACGACAUGCACCUGGCCUUCUUCAAGUUUAUUGGCCGUGUGAUUGGUAAAGCGAUAUAUGACGGCCGCUUGCUCGAUGCGUACUUUACGCGGAGUUUCUACAAGCAUAUUCUUGGACGCAAGGUGGACUACAAGGAUCUCGAGGCAGUGGAUCCUGAGUACUACAACAGCAUCGAGUGGAUGCUACAUAACGACAUCACAGACGUGCUAGAGCUAACGUUCUCGGUGGACGAGGAUGUGUUUGGCGAGACACGUGUCGUGGAGCUGAAGCCGGGGGGUGCGUCGAUUCCCGUGACGGAGGCGAACAAGCACGAGUAUGUGCGCCUUGUGACAGAACAGCGCCUAACGAACUCGAUCCGCUCGCAGAUCGAUGCGUUUUUGGAUGGCUUCCACGAGGUGAUUCCUCACUCGCUGAUCCAGCUGUUUAGUGAGCAGGAGCUGGAGCUGCUGAUCUCUGGUCUACCAGACAUUGAUGUGGACGAAUGGAAGAACCACACGGAGCUGCAAGGCUACAAAUCCAGUGAUCCGGUGAUCCAGUGGUGGUGGCGAGCUGUGCGCUCGUUUGACCAGACGGAGAAGGCGAAGCUUCUGCAGUUCAUCACAGGCACAUCCAAGGUGCCACUAGAGGGAUUUGCCCAUUUGCAGGGCGUCAAUGGGACGCAGCGCUUCAAUAUCCACCGUGCGUAUGGAGAAGACCGGCUGCCGGCAGCGCAUACAUGUUUCAAUCAGCUGGACCUGCCGGCAUACGAUUCGUAUGAAAAGCUACGGAGUCAGUUGCUACUAGCCAUGAACGAGGGCUCAGAGGGCUUUGGCUUUGCUUAA